UCCUAGCGAAACGAUAUUUUUAAUUUCCGCAUUCAAAAAACCUGACUCUCUCCUCCCUCAAAAAGCGCUGCAAUUCUGUUAGUUAAACCUAGCAGCCAUGGCUGCAGCUAUGAACGGCACGGAGUUUCUAGAAUUGCAAAUCGAUCCUUCCAGAGAGUCCUUUGCUCGUCCCUCCAAUGCGGAUUCAGUGAAAGAAGACGAAGAUGAGUUACUAUGGGAAGCCAUUUCUAGGUUACCGUCUCAACAGAGAGGUAACUUUGCCUUGUUGAGACGCUCGUUCACGUCUCCGUCUGAAAAACGAACGGAGACAAUUGACGUUACUAAACUUGAUGCUCCGAGUCGGGAACUUCUUGUUAAAAAAGCUUUGGCUACUAAUGCUCAAGAUAAUCAUAAACUUCUUUCUGGUGUCAAAGAACGUCUCGAUAGAGUCGGAAUCGAGGUGGCAAAGAUCGAAGUGAGGUUUGAACGGUUGAAUGUUGUUGGAGAUGUGAGAACAGGCUCAAGAGCUUUGCCUACUUUGGUUAAUGUCGUCAGAGAUGCUUUUGAGGAUGUACUAACUUUUUUGCGGAUAAUUCGACCUAAUAAGCAUUCUUUAACUAUAUUGAAUGAUAUCAGUGGUGCAAUAAAGCCAGGAAGGAUGACAUUGCUCCUAGGACCACCAGGUUCUGGCAAAUCAACUUUGCUUUUAGCUCUUGCUGGGAAACUUGACAAGGAUUUAAAGAAAACCGGAAGCAUUACAUACAAUGGCCACAAGCUUGAUGAUUUUCACGUUAGAAGGACUUCUGCAUACAUCGGCCAAAUUGAUAAUCACAUUGCGGAGCUUACUGUACGUGAAACUUUUGAUUUUGCUGCUAGCUGUCAAGGUGCAAGUGAAGGUUUUGCAGCAUACAUGAAUGACCUGAUCCGUCUAGAAAAGGAGCAGAACAUACGCCCCAGUCCAGAGAUUGAUGCUUUUAUGAAGGCAUCUUCUGUCGCGGGUAAAAAGCACAGUAUUUCCACAGACUAUGUCUUAAAAGUGCUUGGUCUUGAUAUAUGCGCAGAUACUGUGGUUGGCAAUGAUAUGCUGAGAGGUGUUUCAGGCGGUCAAAGGAAAAGGGUUACUACUGGAGAAAUGAUUGUUGGGCCGAGAAAAACUUUAUUGAUGGACGAAAUAUCCACUGGUCUUGACAGUUCCACAACGUAUCAAAUUGUCAAGUGUUUAGGAAACUUUGUUCACCAAAUGGACGGAACAGUACUAAUGGCUCUUCUUCAGCCUCCACCUGAGACAUUUGAUCUUUUUGAUGAUUUAGUGCUAUUAUCAGAAGGCUACAUGGUAUAUCAAGGUCCACGAACAGAAGUUUUACAGUUCUUUGAAUCAUUAGGAUUUCGAUUACCACCACGUAAGGGUGUUGCAGACUUUCUUCAAGAGGUCACCUCAAAAAAAGAUCAAGCACAGUACUGGGCUGAUCAUUCAAAACCAUAUGAAUACAUUUCUGUACCAGAAAUUGCAAGGACAUUCAAAGAAUCUAGGUUCGGAAGGUCAGUGGAGUCUAUGAUUUCUGUCCCGUUAGACAAAGCUAAAAACGAUCCUUCGGCUCUGGCGAAAACGAGAUUUGCUGUUCCAAGAUGGGAGCUCUUAAAAGCAUGCUUUGAUCGAGAAGUCUUGCUCAUCCGUCGGCAUUGGUUUCUUUAUGUUUUUAGGACACUUCAGGUCUGUAUUGUUGGAGGCAUAACCAGCACAAUUUUCUUACGGACAAGAUUGCAUCCCACUGACGAGAAUAACGGACGUCUCUACCUAUCAUGUCUCUUUUUUGGACUGGUGCACAUGAUGUUCAAUGGAUUCUCUGAAUUAUCUCUUCUGAUAUUUAGGCUCCCAGUUUUCUUUAAGCAACGAGAUAAUAAUUUUCAUCCGGGAUGGGCGUGGUCUGUAGUCAGUUUUAUUCUUCGUCUACCGUACUCUUUUAUUGAAUCUUUUGCAUGGUCUUGCGUAGUGUACUACAGUGUUGGUUUUACUCCGGAACCUGGCAGGUUCUUUCGUUUCAUGCUUUUACUCUUUUCGGUGCAUCAAAUGGCAUUGGGUCUAUUUCGGACGAUGGCUUCAAUAGCGCGAGAUAUGGUCGUUGCCAACACAUUUGGAUCGGCUGCUUUAUUAAUUAUAUUCUUAUUGGGUGGAUUUAUUAUCCCUAAAGAUUCAAUCAAACCAUGGUGGGUUUGGGCUUUCUGGCUCUCACCAUUAACAUAUGGUCAGCGGGCAAUUUCUGUCAAUGAAUUCGGUGCCGAACGGUGGAUGAAGCCAUCUGCUAUUGGGAAUAAUACAAUUGGAUUCAAUAUUAUGCAAGCCAAUAGUCUACCCUUGAACGAUGAUUGGUAUUGGAUUGGCGUUGGAGCGUUGUGGGGCUACACUCUGCUUUUCAACAUCAUAGUGACAUUGGCUUUGACUUACCUUAACGCUCCUCGAAACACCCAAACGGUGGCCGAUGAAUCCACACAAAAAGAUCCUGCAGGAAUUGUUGGCAGUCAGGAGCUUGAACUGAAUCAGGCAUCUGCCGUGGAGGGAAGCCGAAAAAAGGGAAUGAUCCUUCCAUUUCAGCCAUUGACAAUGACUUUCCAUAAUGUCAAUUAUUUUGUUGACAUGCCAAAGGAAAUGAGCAAACAGGGUGUACCAGAAAAGAAGUUGCAGCUCUUGUCAAAUGUGAGUGGAGUAUUCUCACCAGGUGUUCUGACUGCAUUAGUUGGGGCAAGUGGUGCAGGGAAGACGACUCUGAUGGAUGUGCUUGCUGGAAGGAAAACCGGGGGAUAUAUUGAAGGGGAUGUCAAAAUAUCAGGUUACCCAAAAGAGCAACGCACAUUUGCUCGAAUUUCUGGUUAUGUUGAGCAAAACGACAUACAUUCUCCUCAAGUUACAGUUGAGGAGUCUCUCUGGUUUUCUUCCAAUCUUCGGCUUCCAAAAGAUGUAACCAGAGAACAAAGACAUGAGUUCGUUGAAGAAGUAAUGAGACUGGUGGAGCUGGAUACUCUACGUCAAGCGUUGGUUGGUUUGCCAGGUAGCAGUGGCUUAUCAACAGAACAACGAAAGCGAUUGACAAUUGCAGUUGAGCUUGUUGCAAAUCCCUCCAUUAUUUUUAUGGAUGAACCUACAUCUGGACUUGAUGCCAGAGCAGCCGCUAUUGUGAUGCGAACCGUCCGUAAUACUGUUGACACUGGCAGAACUGUAGUUUGCACCAUCCAUCAACCUAGUAUUGACAUUUUUGAAGCAUUCGACGAGUUACUUCUCAUGAAACGAGGGGGCCGAGUCAUAUAUGGAGGGAAGCUAGGGACUCGCUCGCAGAUAAUGAUAGACUAUUUUCAGGGUAUUGAAGGAGUUCCUCCUAUUUCUGAUGGUUACAACCCAGCAACUUGGAUGCUUGAGGUUACUGCACCUAUUGUUGAAGAGAGGAUUGGUGAAGACUUUACCGAGUUGUACAAGAAGUCAGAGCAAUACAGGGGAGUGGAAGCUUCGAUUGAGCAUUACAGUACUCCCCCUGCUGGCUCAAAAGAACUAAACUUUGCUUCCACCUAUGCUCAAGAUUUUCUGACUCAGUUUUGUAUUUGCCUUAAGAAAGAAAAUCUUGUAUAUUGGAGAAGUCCCCAAUACAAUGUCGUGAGGCUAUUUUUUACUGUAUUAGCUGCCUUCAUCUUGGGCUCAGUAUUUUGGAAUAUCGGCAGCAAAAGGGACACAACUCAAGAUUUGUUUGUGGUAAUGGGAGCACUUUACUCUGCCUGCAUGUUUCUUGGGGUUAAUAAUGCUUCCUCAGUACAGCCAAUAGUUUCUAUCGAGAGGACCGUAUUCUACAGAGAAAAAGCAGCUGGAAUGUACUCUCCGUUAGCCUAUGCAGGAGCCCAGGGUCUUGUGGAGAUUCCAUACAUCAUUUUGCAAACAGUUUUAUAUGGGCUCAUCACAUAUUUUAUGAUUGGUUUUGAAACGACAGCUGGCAAAUUUUUUCUCUAUUUGUUGUUCAUGUUCCUCACAUUCACCUACUUCACAUUCUAUGGCAUGAUGGCCAUUGGUCUUACGCCAAAUCAACACAUGGCAGCUGUUAUCUCGUCCGCAUUUUAUUCUUUAUGGAAUCUUCUCUCAGGUUUCCUUAUCCCCAUGUCGAAAAUUCCGGGAUGGUGGAUAUGGUUCUAUUACAUCUGCCCUAUUGCUUGGACUCUGCAAGGCGUUAUUAGUUCUCAGCUUAGUGAUGUUGAGGAAAUUAUAGUAGGACCAGGGUUUGAAGGCACAGUCAAAGAAUAUUUGAAAGUUAAUUUUGGCUAUGAAACCAGUAUGGUUGGAGUUUCAGUAGCAGUUCUUUUUGGCUUUUGUAUCCUUUUCUUUUCCGUCUUUGCAUUCUCUAUCAAAGUUCUAAACUUCCAAAGAAGAUGAGCAACGGAUUUUGAUGGAAAUCACAUGAGAAAAUAACUGGAACUUGAUUCGAGAGGUUUCAUUUUGGUGCCAGCUGAGUUGUGACUAUGCUAAAGGGUGGUCUGAGAGACUGGGAUGGAGACUAAUCUUUAGCCUAGAACACAUUGUUUUUAGUAAAUUUUUACAAGUAGUUUUCUAUUCCCCAUAUAAAUAUUAACGUUUAGUUGUUUUGAGAUAAUAGAAAUAGAUGUGUGUGAAUUAAUAAUAAGCAACGAUUGGAAAAUGAUAAGUAUAUUCUUUCUAACAAAGUAAAAAAAGGUCUAUAUUAAUUGUUUGGAGA